UUAAACGUCUGUCUUCAUUUUACAGGUGGCUUGCCUUCUCUAUGUGGACAUUUUAUGUCAGGUGGAAACUCCAUAUUCACUUCUGUUCUCCUCCCACCCUCAAGUGAGUUACUGACUGUUAGUUCUGUGUGCUGAGGUGUGUCCGUCUAUGUUUAGUAUUUAGGAAACAGAGCUCUUUAGCUUGACAAACAAGAACACAGCCUUCCUAUGGAGUAUGCUGGUAGACUGGGUUCAUGUGUUCUGGUGUCUGGUAGACUGGGUUAGUGUUCUGGUGUCUGGUAGACUGGGUUAAUGUGUUCUGGUGUCUGGUAGACUGGGUUCAUGUGUUUGGGUCUGGUAGACUGGGUCAUGUGUUCUGUGUUGGUAGACUGGGUUCUGGUGUCUGGUAGACUGGGUUAAUGUGUUCUGGUGUCUGGUAGACUGGGUUCAUGUGUGCUGGUGUCUGGUAGACUGGGUUCAUGUGUUCUGGUGUCUGGUAGACUGGGUUAAUGUGGUCUGGUGCUGGUAGACUGGGUUCAUGUGUUCUGGUGUCUGGUAGACUGGGUUAAUGUGUUCUGGUGUCUGGUAGACUGGGUUCAUGUGUUCUGGUGUCUGGUAGACUGGGUCAUGUGGUCUGGUAGACUGGGUUCAUGUGGUCUGGUAGACUGGGUUCAUGUGUCUGGUAGACUGGGUUCAUGUGGUCUGGUAGACUGGGUUCAUGUGUUUGGUAGACUGGGUUCAUGUGUUUGGUGUUGGUAGACUGGGUUAUGUGUUCUGGUGUUGGUAGACUGGGUUAGUGUUCUGGUGUCUGUAGACUGGUUAAUGUGUCUGGGUCUGGUAGACUGGGUUCAUGUGUUCUGGUGUCUGGUAGACUGGUUAUGUGUUCUGGUAGAUGGGUAAUGUGUCUGGUGUCGGUAGACGGGUUAAGUGUUCUGGUGUCUGGUAACUGGGUUAAAGUGUUCUGGUGUCUGGUAGACUGGGUAAGGUUGGUGUCUGGGUAGACUGGUUAAUGUGUUCUGGUGUCUGGUAGACUGGGUUCAUGUGUUCUGGUAGACUGGGUUCAUGUGUUCUGGUGUCCUGUGUAGCGUUCCACCAGGCUGUGUAGGUUCCACCCGUCCUGUGUAGCGUUCCACCCAGUGUCCUGUGUAGCGUUCCACCCAGUGUCCUGUGUAGCGUUCCACCCAGUGUCCUGUGGAGCGUUCCACCCAGUGUCCUGUGUAGCGUUCCACCCAGUGUCCUGUGUAGCGUUCCACCCAGUGUCCUGUGUAGCGUUCCACCCAGUGUCCUGUGUAGCGUUCCACCCAGUGUCCUGUGUAGCGUUCCACCCAGUGUCCUGUGGAGCGUUCCACCCAGUGUCCUGUGGAGCGUUCCACCCAGUGUCCUGUGUAGCGUUCCACCCAGUGUCCUGUGGCAGUCUAUUUCUCAUUGAGUAUAAAUAAUAAUUAGGGGGUGCUUAUAUAGUCCUGUACAUGUGGGUGACCUGUACAUGUGGGUAACCUGUACAUGUGGGUAACCUGUACAUGUGGGUAACCCGUACAUGUGGGUAACCUGUACAUGUGGGUAACCUGUACAUGUGGGUAACCUGUACAUGUGGGUAACCUGUACAUGUGGGUAACCUGUACAUGUGGGUAACCCGUACAUGUGGGUAACCCGUACAUGUGGGUAACCUGUACAUGUGGGUAACCUGUACAUGUGGGUAACCUGUACAUGUGGGUAACCUGUACAUGUGGGUAACCUGUACAUGUGGGUAACCCGUACAAGUGUGAAAUGGAAAUGUGUUUUUUGCAUUUCCCACUCCCCCUGAGGCCCCUGGAGAGUGGGGACACAGCCAGGGGAUCAGCCAUUAUUGACGGCGACCUUGGAGCAAUUACUAGUUAAUUGCCUUGCUCAAGGGCAGAACGGCAGAUUUUUACCUUGUCGGCUCUGGGAAUCAAUCAAGCAAUAUUUCAAUUACUGGCCCAACACUCCUAACCGCAAGGCUACCGGCCGCCCAGUCUGUUGCCCCAGUCUAUGUCUGAGAACUUUGUGACAACUGCUGGUGUAAAAAAGGUUUUAUAAAUACAUUUUAAUUGAUUGAUUGAUUGAUUGAUUGAUUGAUUGAUUAUACCUAUGUUCCUUUUAUGUACAUGUGUAGAGUUCCACUCAGUAUCUUGUGGAAGCCUUCACCAGCUAGGGGAGGAGUUACUCAAACCUCCUCCACUUCCCCCUCGCAGGAAGGAUGCGUUCUCUGAGGCCAAGGUAACACAUACACACCGUACAAGUUCGGAGUCAGGCCUUGUGCAACUUCAAGUUUUACUGGGGCCAAGCUAACACACACUUAGUACAGUACACCAUUUAAAGACGUUUCUCUGAGUUAGUCCAUCUGACUGGUUAUCAACACUGACACCUGUUUUUUUGUGUGUUGUAGUUGAGUUCCAGGUCCGACAGCCCCCCAGCCAUCCCCCCCAGGCUGCCCCCUCCUCUCCCAAGGGUCCAGCCCCGCGCCCCAGUCUACAACGGCCCCAGCGAUGGCCCCCUCCCCAGCCCACCACCACCACCUCCCCGGGACCCCCAGCCAGACACCCCUCCCCCCGUCCCCCAGAAACCACCAGAGAUCUUCAUUAACUACCCCCUGAACCUCCAACCCUCCCCCGUCAGCCGCUUCCACUGGGAUUUUGGCAGUUCCCCCUCCUCCCCUGGAACGCCCCCGGGUACCCCCUCGCCCCGCGUCCCCCGACGGAGCUGCCCGCUCAGCGCCAGCCAGAACAGUCUCUGCCCGCCCCCCCCCGCCCAUCAUGGCCCCACCCGUACCUCCCCGCCACAACUCCUCCUCCCAGCUCCCCAAACUUCCCCCAAAGACCUACAAGAGGGAGCUGUUGCCGCCCCCUUUACAGAGCCUCUCAUUGGUGGAGAGCACGGAGGGUAGCCAAUGAGGAGCCUCCUUGCUUCUUUUUGUUGUUUUUCUUGUCAUCCAUCAUGGCUGCUGCUCCACACAAUACAAACUGCAUCAAACUAUGAACUCAUGACACGGAGCGAAUUUAAAACAAACUAAUCAUGAUUUAAAAGCUACUGAUCGUCAAGAAGACUUGCUUUUUAGUUUCCAACCACACUCCAAACCCCUCCCACUCAUCUCCUACAUUGACCAAUCACACCACGCCACUCCCUCUCAGGGUAUCAGUAGGCCCCCCCACCUUCAUUUCAAGCCCUCUGGGCCAAUGAGAAAUCCACACCAGUGUGCCAGCCAAUGAACAAGGAGCCCUCAAGACACUGAUUCAAACUCCUCCUCCUCCUGCUCUGCGUGUGCGCAGUGCACGUCACACACCUGUACACAACACUGACACUGUCACUUUCUUCAUAUAGACAUCCCACUCUGUAAGGAGCGUGGACAGGACCAGCAUGCCAUGCUCCAGAAGAAGCUGUCCUACCCCCCCCCAAAGAGACACUGUGCUUUGACCCCAGGAAGGAGAGGGGCUCUGAGCUCUCCCGGCCUGUCCUGGUGGUUUCUAGAGUAUUCAGACCAGUGUAUGAGACUUCCAUUAGCGCGGGCAGGCAGCACUUCUCACCGCCAUGCUAUGUGUGGUUCUAUGGGCAUUGUUGCAUUUGGGGCACACGGUAAUGCCAAGAGCACCGUUCACUCGCUCACCCAGGACUCAGUCAGUCCUGUCCUGUGGCUGACGGACGGACGGACGGACGGACGGACGGACGGACACUCUGGACCAUUCAGACCUUAA